CAGUUUUCCUGAUGCACACUCCCUCCUGCGUCACUUCCUGUAGCCACAGAUAAAGACGGGCCUGGCGGGAGAUCCGCGGGUCAAUUUUUUGGGUUUGUUCGGUGAAUCCGGCGGUAAUCGGAGCCAUCAGAACCGUAGACAUGACGGUGGGAAAGAGCAGUAAGAUGCUGCAGCACAUCGACUUCAGGAUGAGGUGCAUCCUGCAGGACGGACGCAUCUUCAUCGGCACCUUCAAGGCCUUCGACAAACACAUGAACCUGAUCCUGUGUGACUGCGACGAGUUCAGGAAGAUCAAGCCGAAAAACUCAAAGCAGCCAGAGCGAGAGGAGAAGAGGGUUCUGGGUCUGGUUCUGCUGAGGGGGGAGAACCUGGUCUCCAUGACAGUGGAGGGCCCGCCCCCUAAAGAUACUGGCAUAGCCCGGGUCCCGUUGGCAGGCGUAGCCGGGGGUCCAGGUGUGGGCCGGGCGGCAGGUCGUGGCGUCCCUGCAGGAGCUCCAAUGCCUCAGGCUCCGGCCGGACUCGCUGGACCUGUGAGAGGAGUGGGCGGGCCUUCACAGCAGGUCAUGACCCCUCAGGGCAGAGGAACAGUUGCUGCGGCAGCAGCAGGUGCAAGCAUUGCUGGUGCCCCCACCCAGUAUCCACCCGGACGAGGAGCUCCGCCCCCAAUGGGCCGGGGUGCCCCCCCUCCAGGUAUGAUGGGUCCUCCCCCCGGCAUGCGGCCUCCAAUGGGUCCUCCGAUGGGGAUGCCCCCCGGUCCAGGUCGAGGAGCUCCAAUGGGGAUGCCCCCCCCAGGCAUGAGGCCACCACCCCCUGGUAUGAGAGGACCGCCCCCACCCGGGAUGAGACCGCCCCCCCGGCCCUGAAGAAGCUCCGCCCCCUCACUCACCUGUUGUAUAGAGUUUUUUUUUUUUUUUUUUAAUCUUCCUGUUUGUUUUUGUUUUUGUUUUUUAAAUAAAGUUACCUCAGGCUGUUUGAUUUCA